UACCGUUGCACCAAGUAAUCGGAGAGCAUAGACAAAAUUUGGUUUACUGACUAGUGUUCCGUGGUGAAUCUGUCGGUAAUUUAGAACACGUAGCUGCCAGAGGAGAAAUUUGAAAGGUUUAACGGUCUUUCUGGUGAUUGGAAGUCGUAAAAAAAUUGUACAGACGUUUAUGAGAAUAUCGGCUGAAUUUGAACGCGGACGGCACACUUGUGCAUCGAAAAUGGUGCGUACCAAGAAGGAAGCGCUGACGCCGCGACAUAGACCACCAUUAGCGACUCGCAACAAAGCCAUUUCCAAGGUGCUGUCUCGACCCGUUUCUUCGGCCGUGCCCGCUCCUACGGCAGCGAAUAUAAGGGUCGUGGUCAGGGUGCGUCCUCCGAACAACAAAGAACAAGGCGACAAUUGCAGAAAUGUAGUGAAAGUGGUUGACGAACAGAUGCUUAUAUUCGAUCCGAAGGAGGACGACCAGCCUUUCUUUUACCACGGCGUGCAGCAGAGGGGCCGAGAUUUGAACAAGAGAGCCAACAAAGAUUUAACGUUCGUGUUUGAUAAAGUUUAUAACAAUAUGUCUACAAACAUGGAGGUGUUCCAAAGCACCACUCAAACUCUAAUUGGCACCCUAAUGGACGGAUACAACUGCUCGGUGUUCGCGUACGGCGCCACGGGCGCCGGGAAAACCUUCACUAUGAUCGGCAGCGCCGAUUCCCCAGGCAUCACUUACCUAACGAUGAAAGAACUAUUCAAAUGCAAGGACACGCUGAGCGCCGAGCGCGAAUUCGAGCUGAUGCUCACUUAUAUCGAGGUGUACAACGAACUCGUAAAGGAUUUGCUGAAUCCUGGGCCGCCGCUGAACCUCCGCGAGGACAGCAAAUACGGGGUGAUGAUUCCCGGCGUCAAAGGUUACAAAAUUACGAGCCCCGAAGAGUUGUUCGCCUUGCUGGAGCAAGGCAAUCAUCGAAGGACCCAGCAUCCGACCGACGCGAACGCGGAGAGUAGCCGAUCUCACGCCGUUUUCCAGGUGUACAUUCAGAUGACCAUAAAAACCACAAGAGAAGUGAGACGUGCCAAGUUGAGCAUGAUCGAUUUAGCCGGUAGCGAGAGGGGCUCCGCCACGGGAUUUGUCGGCGCCCGAUUCAAGGAAGGGGCCAACAUCAACAAAUCUCUACUCGCCCUCGGCAACUGCAUCAACAAUUUGGCGGACGGGCAUCGCCACAUACCCUACCGGGACUCCAAGCUGACGAGGCUGCUGAAAGACAGCCUGGGUGGUAACUGUCACACCAUCAUGAUCGCUAACGUGUCUCCGUCGUCGAUGAGCUUCGAUGACACUUAUAACACCCUCAAGUAUGCGACCCGCGCAAAAAAGAUCAAAUCGACCAUCAAACGGAACGUGGUGAACGUCGACAUGCACUUCGACCAGUACAUAAAACUCGUCGAAGACCUGCAGACCGAGAACGCGAGCCUCAAAGCGGAAAUCGCUGCGCUCAAAAGCGAUCUCGAUCGGGUCGCGUCGCAACUGUCCGAUGGCGCACGUCCACAAGAGGAGGGGCCGCCGACGCCACCGCCCCCUUCCGAUUUGCUGCCUCAAAUCGAACUGCUCUUCGACGAGAAGAAGCAGAUACUGGAACGCGAGUACCAAAUGCGAAGCUCCGAGCUCGGCAUGUCGCUGCGCAGGAAACUGAAAGAGGAAACGAACCGUCGACUGAGCGACUUGCACGUCAUCAGUCCCGAGAAGGACGAGGCGCACCGGCGCCUGACCCGCGUCGUCGAGCGCUUCGUCAAGAAGGAGGACGCCACCAAGAACGAGCUCGCGCUUAUCCAGACGGCGAAGCGGGAAGUGGACGACAAGAUCCAGGCCUACCUCGACGAGCAUCCCGAGCUGAGCGCUCUCGUCGCCACCGCCAACCUAGAGAUCGCCAGCGUAGAUUAUAAGUACAAGUGGGAGCUGAGCCAAAAGGAGACGAAGAUCCUGUGGGACGAGCACCGGAACAAGGACGCUCUCCUCGAGAAAAUUUCGAGCCUGGUGAAACCGAUGUACCUCAAUUUGCUCGGCCGCGGCGACAUCCCCAAAGCUUUCGUCGCCGAGUACGACAACCUGCUGCUCGAUUUCCAAGGCAGGAAGAACAUGUGCUGGGGCGACGUCGAGUCGGAGGAAGUCGCCGCCGUCGAGGGCGCCGCGCCGGGCGUCAAACGAAAGAUAGGCGAGCAGCAGGGUGGCAGUAACGCCUCUCUCGACUCGACCUACUCGACGAUGCCGACGGUGCCGAACAGCAGCCCCGCGGGCAAGCAGCGCGCGCCUCUCAAGACGGUCGGGGUGCACCAGCUCGUCGCGAAAGGGUUAAAGGUCGGGACUUCCAAGCGGAUCGCGCACGCCACGUCGCCACGCAAGUACCCUCACGUGUCGCCGAAGAUGAGGGAGAACAGGGCGCUGCCGGCGACGAGACGGCCGCCCAUCGGUAGGCUCGAGACGGCCAAGACCACCUUCGUAACGAAAAGUCAAACGAAGGCGCCGCUAGAAAGACCAGUGUUCCGUUGAUAAACGACUACUCAACGCGGUGCAGCAACGACUCGUAAAUAUUUCAUUUGUGUUUCGUUUUACUCAAAAAAAGCCUUUUGUAUAUUAUAUGCGCGAUUUAUUUGAUAUAUAUAUAUAUAUUUUUAUAUGUUUGAUUUUUAAAGUUUACAAGAAUAAAGUCUGAUUACUUCCGCUUUUAUAUAUCAGCCAUGUACAGUAUUCGCAAUAUCUAUUAUUAAAUUAAAUUCGUAAAACCACUCACCAAGAAAGUUUAUUU